AUGAUUGUAUCGUGGAAUGUCCGGGGGCUUAAUAAAUCGGUGCAUGAAUUUUUUGAAAAAGGAAAACUUUACAAAGCUUUCAACUGUACCUCUGUAUCCCUUAUCCCGAAGCAUGAGUCUACUAAAUCCAUAAAGGACUUUCGGCCUAUCUCUAUGUGCGCCACUUUUUACAAAGUGAUUUCGAGAAUUAUGACAACAAGGUUAGGUAGAAUUAUUGGUAGUAUUAUUAGUUCCAAUCAAGCGACUUUUGUCCCAAGUCAACAAAUCCACAGUCAUAUUAUGUUAGCUUACGAAUUAAUCAAAGGGUACACUAGGAAGGGUGGAACUCCUAGAUGUAUGAUUCAGCUUGAUAUGCAGGAAUUGUAUGACAUGGUUGAUUGGAAAGCUUUGGAGAGUUUUAUGCAGGAAGUUGGUUCGCAUCUCAAUCCCUAUAAGAGCAGAAUAUACUUUGGUGUUGUAGAUGGUGAGAAUAAAAAGGAUAUUAUGUGUCUAAUUGGUUUCAAGGAAGGUUACCUUCCUUUCAAGUAUUUGGGAGUUUCACUUACUAGUAAAAAGCUGAAUGCCUGCCAUUACAUGAUCCUUGUUGAAAAAAUCAUCAAUUGUACAAAGCAUUGGUCAACCAAGUUGUUGAGCUAUACUGGUAGACUUCAUUUGAUCAGAAGUAUUUCCUUUGCUGUAACAAAUUAUUGGUUAAUUUGCUUCCCUCUUCCCAAAUCUGUUAUCAGGAAAAUUUACUCGAUUUAUUGCUCGUUUCUAUGGAUGGGGAAGAAUGUUAUAAGUAGGAAAGGUCUAGUCUCGUGGAAGCAUGUUUGCAGACCUGUGAAACAAGGAGGUUUAAGGAUCAUUGAUUUAUCUACUUGGAAUACUUGUACCAUGUUGAAGCUCAUGUGGAACAUCUGUAACAAGGAUGAAAGUCUUUGGAUAAAAUGGGUUCACACCUAUUACCUAAAGGGGAAAAAUGUGUUGGAUAUGCUGGAAAAAGUGGCAGUACAUGGAUAA